AUGGCCGCCAUGCAGCUUAUUUCCUUGAUGCUCCUGUCUGUCCUGGCAGCAGACGCUCAGGUCGCCAUGCCAGGAAGGUGCCCAAAACCUGCCGUUCAUGAGGACUUUGACACUGCCAGGUAUCUGGGGAAGUGGGACGAAAUGCAGAGGCUGCCUCAGUCCGUCCAAAGGGGGCAGUGCAGCACCGCCACCUACAGCCUGAGGAGCCCUGGGGUUGUCCUCAACAGGGAGCCGGACUCUCCCCCUGGGCCUUACUGGGUCCUGGCGUCAGACUAUGACAACUACGCUCUAGUCUACAGCUGCACGGGCCUCGGGGUGGUCCACAUGGACUCCGUUUGGAUCCUGAGCAGGAGGCCUGCUCUGGCUGAGGAGACCUUGGAGGAGCUGCACAGCACUUUGACCUCCAUCAGUGUCAGGGCAGACCAGAUGAUCAGCCCCAAUCAGGAUGCGGCUCAUGCAAGGCCAUGA